AUGGCUGGUGAUACCAACUCCUCAUCUUCAGCUAACCCAUCGCUGCUGCCCGCGACGUCGUCGAGAUGCCUGACGCACGACUACAAGGUGACCAACUUCUCCCUGCUCGUGGGCAUCGGCCAGGUCGUUGCCUCGAGCACCUUCAGCGCCGGCGGCUGCGACUGGAGCAUCAGGUUCUUCCCCGACGGCGACAACGAGACUCCUGAAGAGGCAGCCUCUUUCACGGCGGUCUACCUGUGCCUUGUGGCAGGACCGGCCGGUACCAGGGUCAGGUACAAAUUCACUCUCCUCGACGACAGAGGUCGCCGAGUGUCGACCAAGACAGGGAAGAGGAGGAGGAGGAAGAAGGGAAAAGAGACCGCCGCCGACUUGACGAGAACCUCAACCUCCACCUACCCCUAUGUCGGUGCCAUGUGGGGCACCAACAGGUUCUUCGACAGAUCCGUGCUGGAGGAGCUGCUGCGGGACUCCAACGACAGCUUCACGAUCCGGUGCGCCGUGGCCGUGAUCCGGACGCGCACGGAGGACGACGUCGUCAUCGAGGUCCCGGAGUCGGUCCUCCGCCACGACCUGGCGCGCAUGCUCAGGGACGGCGACGGCGCCGACGUGACGUUCAUCGUCGGCAACCGGUUCUUCCGCGCGCACCGCUACGUCCUGGCCGCCCGCUCCAUGGUGUUCAAGGCGCAGCUCUUCGGCGCCAUGACGAAGGAGGCCCAGCAGCAGCGCGGGGUCGACGGCGCGCGGUGCAUCAUCAAGGUGGACGACAUGGAUCCCGCCGCCUUCGCGGGGCUCCUCCACUACAUCUACACGGACUCGCUCGCCGACGACUGCACCGCGGGGAGGGUCGUGGUGGCGCAGCACCUGCUCGUCGCCGCGGACCGGUACGGGCUCGACAGGCUGAGGGUGCUGUGCGAGGCGAGGCUGUGCGGCUGGAUCGACGUGCAGUCGGUGGCGACCACAUUGGCGUUGGCCGAGCGGCACCAGUGCGCCAAGCUCAGAGAAGCUUGCCUGAGGUUCCUGUCCUGGCCAGACAUGCUUCGCGCUGCCGUGAAAACGGAGGGGUUCGGCCAUCUCAUUGCGAGCUACCCUUCGGUUGCCAGCGAUAUCUUGGACAAGGUCGUCUCGGCAAGAGUUGAUGAUCAUUGA